AUGGGCUCGAUCGCUAUGCCUUCGUCUGUCGACAAGCUGCGCUCUCUUCUGCCGGCCUCCGAAGUCUUCGAACAGCACCAGCCCGAGUACAAGAAGCAAUCCGAACCAUGGUCUGUCCACGCCAACCAGCACCCCAAGGUUGUCGUUCAGCCGACAACGUUGGAGGGCAUGCAGAAGGUCGUGAAGUACCUUUACAACUCCGAUCUCGACUUUGCAGUGCGAAACACGGGCACGGGAUCAGUCUCAGCGAAGGAUGUAAGGAACCUUACCGCCCAACAUGUACCCGAUAGAGAUGCCUCUCAGCUCGACGCUGAGCGCACACGUUCUUAUCCAAAGGAAGUCAUACUCAGCACACAUGGGUUCAAAUCCUUCAACUUCGACAGGGCCACUCAAACCGUUACCCUCGGAUCCGGCUUCGACUGGGGCGAGAUUGACAAGCUCAUGGAAGAACACGCUCCCGGUUACGCCGUGGUAGGUGCGCGCUGUCCUUGGGUCGGCGUAGCUGGAUCAGCCCUCGUUGGCGGUCUCAGCUGGCUCAGCCACGAGUUCGGUAUGAUCAGUGACCCGCAGAACUUCCUCGACGCUCAAGUCGUGCUUCACAAUGGCAAAGUUGUCUGGGCUGCGCAAGAUGACCCGGACUUGAUGUGGGCUUGCCGAGGUGGAGGCGGGAACUAUGGUGUGCUUACUGCGCUGAAGUUCCAAGCAUACCCGUACCCUGAGAAGGUUUUCGGCGGUGUGCUUACGGUGCCAUAUUCGUCGUUGCAGCAGUGCUCGAAAGGUGUCUCGGCAAUGGCUGCCCGGACUUCGGACCCGAAGGUCGCAAUGCACGUUAUCAAUCAGGGACCGUCGAUGGGGAUGCCGGAGCAGGGUGGCAAGCCCGGGAUCGCAUUCAUGCUCUACGAUGCCCGUGGCGAGGAGCACGCACGAUCGGAAGAUGGCUUUGCUUGGGUGUUCGAGCUCCCGGGAGCGCAGGAGAUAUCCUGUGCGACCUGCACGCUGCAGCAGAUGCAUGCCGUCGCAGAGACAUUCCGCGAUUGGCAAGGCAACAAUCUCUUCUGGCUCUGUGCUCCACUGGUAUCUGAUUUGGACGAGGAGUUCAUGUUGAGGGCGUGGAAGUGGUAUGAGGACAGUGUGAAGGAGUACGCUGGCCUGGGCAGUGGCUCAAUCGUUCUGAUCGAGUAUAUGCAAUUGAACGCCUUCAACUCUUCGCCUUCUCGCACAUCUACCGCUUGGCCGCACUCAGGACGCCGGCAUGUCAUGCAAUUGGCACUCGGCUGCUCGCCUGAAGGUGCCCCAUCCAACCUCAAGGAAAUUGUCAUGAAACGCUUCCAAGUAGCGGAAGACGAGCUGGCUGGCUCCAAAAAGACCGGCGAGUAUCACGCUGGCUUCCUUCACGAAUGGAAUGAUUUGAAGCAAGUGUAUGGUGAGAACUACGAAAGGCUGAGGGAGUUGAAGAAGAGGUUCGAUCCGAGAAACAGGUUCAACAAGGGAGUCGACCUACUUGGCGGAAAGAUAAGUGAAGGUGCAACGUUGUGA